AUGGAGGGAGCUGAAGAUACGACGACGUCUGAGGGGCAUUUGACUUCAGCAGCAGCUUUUGUUGAAGGAGGAAUCCAAGAUCCUUGUGAUGACGCAUGUAGCAUUUGUCUCGAAGUCUUCUGCGAAAGCGAUCCAUCAACUCUGACUAGUUGCAAGCAUGAGUAUCAUCUCCAAUGCAUUCUUGAGUGGUGUCAAAGGAGUUCACAGUGCCCAAUGUGUUGGCAAUCAAUCAGUCUCAAAGACCCUACAAGUCAAGAGUUGCUUGAGGCUGUUGAGCAGGAAAGGAAUUUCCGUUUCAAUCCAUCUAGAAACGCCACCAUAUUUCGUCAUCCAACUCUCGGUGAUUUUGAGUUACAACAUCUCCCGGUGGGGGUGGACAAUGCAGAGAUUGAAGAACGAAUCAUUCAGCACUUGGCUGCUGCUGCUGCUAUGGGGAGAGCAAGGCAUGGGGCGAGAAGGGAAGGCCACAGAAGCAGCAGGUCGUCGAGUCAAGGUCAUCCACAGUUCAUGGUCUUCUCUUCGCAUCCUAAUGCUUCUCCUCCUCCACCUCAUCCUCCCAUGCCUUCCUCUCCAUCUCAGAGAGACGAGAGUGACACAGCCACAAACCUUCGUCUCUCCCCUAACAAUACUUUAGUCGAGGGUUCUCUUCAGUCGAACAUGCAGCCAGCAACUUCUUCUCGUCCCCGCCAGGUUUCUCCUUCGGCAUCUGAUUCGAACAGAAGGAUUCAAUCUUCCCCAAGUGAUCAAGAUAGAGCUGGACCAUCAGAGCUCCAAUCAUUUUCAGAAUCUCUAAAGUCUCGACUAAACGCUGUCUCAACAAGAUACAAAGAAUCGAUAUCAAAGAACACGAGGAGCUGGAAAGACAGGUUUUUUAAUCGCAACACGUCCAUGGCAGAUAUUGGCUCUGAGGUUAAAAGAGAGGUUACUGCCGGCAUCGCCACUGUGUCCCGCAUGAUGGAACGUCUAGAAACGAGGGAAAACAGUAGACCCACCGGCACUGCAUCUGUAUCAAACGGCUCAGAGAAUCACAGCCCUGAGCCAAACAAUGAGCAAAUUCUGGUUCAAGCUAAGAAGCAAAGUGCCAGCAUCUUGUUGGCAAAGAGACAGGAAGAUGUUGUCUGUUUAUGA